AUGUUCUCUCGCCUACCCUCCCUUGUGACUUCACUUCGACGUGCGGUUUCCACUCAAUCUUGGCGCUCAAUGAUUCCUGAAGGCAAGGCUCUCAUUGGUGGGGAAUGGCGGGCUGGUUUGAGCGGUCAGAUGUUCCCAGUGCAUAGUCCGGCUAAAGAGGAACAGAUUGGCGAGGCGCCAUGCGCAUCGUCUCCGGAGGACUUGGACGCUUCUAUCAGGGCUGCCGCCGAGGCCCAACCCGCUUGGGCUGCACUCACGGUGGGAGCGCGAGCUCGUGUUCUGGAACAGUGGGCUUUAAAGUUGGAAGAAAAUACAUCUUUGCUGGCUCAGUUGAUAACAGCUGAAAACGGAAAAGUAGAUUCAGAUGCCCGUGGGGAAAUCUCUUCAGCCGUUCAGCAGCUCCGCUGGUACGCCAACGAAGCUCGCGCCACUUAUGGACAGGUCAUUUCCUCUGUCAAUGUGUCUGGGAGGCGGUUGAUAGUUGUUUACCAACCCAUUGGUGUUGUUGCUAUGAUAACUCCCUGGAACUUCCCUCUCUCAAUGAUGACUCGGAAGGCGGGUGCAGCGUUAGCAGCGGGCUGCGCGGUGGUUUUGAAACCCGCCGAUGAGACACCUCUUACCGCUCUUGCUGCUGCAUUUCUAGCCACCUCUGAGGCUGGACUUGACCCUCGUCUACUCAGCAUCCUCACUUCGCCCCGCGAAGAUGCUGAUGCUGUGGGGAAGGUUUUUUGCUCACACCCUCUCAUACGGUUGGUCGGAUUCACUGGCUCCACUACGGUUGGAAAGAGGCUGUAUGCUGCCGCUGCUGCAAACAUGAAACGUGUGCAGUUGGAGUUAGGUGGGAACGCACCAUUCAUAAUCUUUGAGUCAGCCGAUCUCGAUUUGGCUGUUUCCCAACUAAUGGCGUCCAAGUUUCGCUGUUCUGGUCAGACUUGCGUCUGUGCCAAUCGGAUUCUUGUGCAGGAAUCCAUUCACGACACUUUCGUUGACAUGCUAACAACUGUCGUUGGUGGACUCGAGCUGGGAAAGCAUCAGGGACCCCUCAUUAACAAAGUUGCGCUUAACAAGGUGGCAUCAAUGGUUGAAGCCGCUGAGCGUGAGGGCGCAGUGGCAACAAUUGGUGGGAAGCGCGCGUGCGUUAAUGGUCGAGGUCACUUCUAUCUGCCUACGGUGCUCGUAAAUGUCACUCCCAAUAUGCUCUGUGGUCGGGAGGAGAUUUUUGGCCCUGUUGCACCCAUAAUCAAAUUCAGUACUGAAGAUGAGGCAGUGGCACUCGCCAACUCUACGCCUUCAGGCCUGGCAGGCUACAUGUUCUCGCGUGAUGUGGGCCAAUGCUGGCGAGUGGCGGAAGCGAUGGAAGCAGGCCUCGUGGGGGUGAACGCAGGUCUCGUAAGCACGCCCGAGGCUCCAUUUGGCGGAGUCAAGCACUCCGGCAUUGGCCACGAGGGUGGACCAGGCGCGCUUAAGGAAUUCAUGAACACAAAAUACAUGUGUUGGGCUGGUAUCGACUAA